GAACUGUCGCACAAAAAUUUGUCGUGGUUUGAAAUUCAAAAAGCGCCAAGGAGUCAAACUACAUUGAACUGCAUUCAUCAAAGCGUAGCAGCUGCAACAACGUGUGAUUUAUUAAAAAAUAAAUAAAACAAACGCACGCACCAAAAGAUGACAGCGUUGAAAAUUUCCAAGGUAACAGGGCGUAUGAGUGUGGCAAAACUAAUUAUAUGCCUAGCCCUAAGCGUGGGCGUGGCACAAGCCAACCAAGACAGCAGCGUUACAGGCAAACCAGCGCUGCUGCGCACUGAGCUGCGCUUUGGACGCAAUUUGGAUCCGAGCAAGGUGCGCGUAGUGAGCGUCAAGUCCAGUCAAGGCGACAAUGUGGAGAUACUCGUGGGCAAAAAUAGUCGCAAAGCACGUGCUGAAGAUGCAGCGGGUUCGUUCUUUGUGCGCAGCGCAGAUGUAAAGCGUGCGCCGGCGCCAGCGCAAGCCAAAAGCAGCGGGCGGCAGCUGCACUUUGAGCAUACGCCAGCGCUGCUGAAGCAAAGUCAGCUGGCCGAGCAGCAGCAGGACUAUCGCUUACGCAAGGCAGAGGCGGAGCAGCGUCAGGCCAAGUUCAUACAGCUGCAGUUGGCCAAAGCGCAAAGCAAAGCGCUGGAGCAGCAGCAAUACGCAGGCAAUGCGCGUGCUGGACGCCAGUUGCCCGCCUGGCAGCCAGUCUACUACCAGCCCAGAAGCAACAACAACAACUACUCCGCCUACAAUCAGCCCAUUGAACGUCAGUGGCAGCCAUAUAGCUAUGCCGAGGCAGUGGACACACAGCCGCGUGUGCUGCGUCAGGCUCAGCAGCAGCCCAGCAGCGUCUUCAGUUUUCCCAGCAGCGCCCAACAGCCCAUUGAGUACUACAGCCGUGAUGAGCGCGCCUAUGCGAGUCGCUCACGUGCGCCACAGAAUUUGAUAACCAAGCACAACUACAAUCAGAACUUGCCACAAAAGACUAAAUAUGUCAGCUAUAUGCCACAUUCAGUGGUGGUCACCGCCAGCGCAGGCAUUGUAACGCCCACUGCCACGCCUCAGCGUCAAGCUGUGCAGCUAAAGUCAGGACCAGUGCGCAAUCCCAUAGGCCAAAGCACACACAGCGUUGUCGAUGGACCCGCUGUUACGCUUAUCGAGGGCGUGCGCGUUCCAGACACAGCCGAGGACAAGGUCAAGACCUGGCGCAAUGCACGCGUGCUCAACAAUCAGCUGGUGCCAUAUCCCGAGGGCUAUACGCCGCCUCGCGUGCAAAUGCCCAGCUUUGAUAGAUAGACGCCAAGUCUGCGUUUGGAUUGUACUUAUUGCUAUGCUAUUUAUUGAUUUGUUAUUAACUUAAGCUACAAAUAAGAUUAUAUGUGUUUUUUUCG